GUUCCAGACCAAAAAGUUUUGUUAUGAAAAGCCGAGCUGCUGGCGAGCGAACCAAAAAAUUCCAUCCGCUCCGGUGAAACAAGCAAACUGAUGAAUCGGGAUCAUCCAGCAGUGAAGGUGAAAGUUGAUAUGAAGAAAGAUAUGCCUAGAACAGGUGAAGCCACUUCAUCCAAUCCCAGGGUUUCACAUGAUGAGGAAGUGGCUAGGGUUCUUCAAGCCAUGAAGAAAAUGGCUGACCUUGCGCUUGAAGGUACAUCCGAAGUAAAUCGGAGGCUGAAAUUUUUGAAGGUUUUCAUUAGUCUGUCACCCCCGCAGUAUGCAGGAAAUCCUGAUGAACUGUUAGAAGGGGUGGAGUGGCUCAAAAGGAUAAAGCAAUGUUUUCAUGUAAGUGAUGUCCCCGAAGACUUAAAAGUUGGGUUUGCCACAUACUGUCUUACUGGACCGGCGCACUGCUGGUGGGAAUUUGUGAAAAGGAGACGUGAUGUUAAAUCCAUCACUUGGGCAGAAUUUGAGGAGCUGUUUUUGAAUAACUAUUUUCCUGAGACUACUAGGGCGGCUAAAUACGAUGAAUUUCUAGGGUUAACCCAACAAAACAUGACUAUUGCUCAAUUGUCAUCUAAGUUACUUGAGCUAUCAUGGUAUGCACAACCUAAUCUUUUGAGUUACGAUAAAUAUAAAGCAUGGAAGUUUCUAAGGGCACUGAGGCCUUCCAUAAAAACUAGGGUAGCUCAAUUCAGUACUUAUGAUGACAUUGUCGAAGCGGCGUUGAGAGUGGAACAAUCUUUUGAGGACAGCGAGGAAGAGUCGUUUGAGGAAGCUUCUGGUGUAGGGGAAAAAAGGCCAAGAAAGCAGUACAUUUGCCAUCACUGCGGCGAGCCUGGUCAUAUUCGGCCUAAGUGCCCGGAAUUAAACUCGCGUGCUUUUUGAAAGUUUUAUCAAAGUCUCAUCCUAACGAUGGAAGGCAAAAAUUGUUUCAACUCCAAGCUAAUAGUGUAUGGAUAAUAGUUUGUAGACCUUCGAUAUGCCUGGCUUUUGUAUUGGUAUGUAUCUGUCCGUCUGACUUUUCUUCCUUUGGACCUUUGUGAAUAGCGAAUCUGUUUUGUAGAGGUUAAAGUGACGUUAGUUGUUAAUCAAUGGAAUCCCAAUUAUAUA